UUAAUGGCACUUUCAAAAUUGCAGGAAUAUUAUAGGAAUAUUUGUGUCUGAAGAACAGUUAGUUAUUGAGUGAAAAUACAGGCAGCUCUGGGUACAAGCCUCAACCAGUUUCCCAAAAUAUCAUGCAUAGACAAUAAUUAAUACUGCGAUGGCUUUUUCUUCUUCUUUUUUCACUGAGUCGUGUUUUACAAUGUUGUUCAAGAUUUGUUGGCAGUUUACAAAAUAUGUCCAGGACCUUUUCCUGCUCCAGACUGAACAGCUGAUGACGGCUGUGAAGUGAAAAUGAAGGGGAGGGACUGAGUCGUGUAGAAAGCUUGAAGGCAGGGCUUUAUUUCAGUGAAGUCACUGGUGUCUGUUGUCUGCUUUUAUCUCUCUGUCCUGUGGAGUGAAAUCUGCACAGCUUGCCGAGGAGCUGAUACCAAAACAGCAGCCUCAUGAUGCUCUGCAGGCGGACGGACGUUUUUUUACAAGUUGGUCUGAAGAGAAGGUGCCAACUGUUUUCACGCGUUUCGUUUUUCUGAUUUUGACGAUGUCGCCCUGGCUUCUGUCAAGUGCAAAUAACUUUCCUAACCUGGACUGGAAAUACCGGCGUUAAGAAAAGUUGUUUGACUCCUCUUGAACUGCACCUGAGGGACAUGAUGAUGAAUAAUCAAUCGAUGACGGGGAGGACCAUGGUCCCCACCAUUCCGUCCAUUAUGUUCAUUUUCGGGGUGGUUGGAAAUGUCAUCGCCAUCGUUGUUCUUUGUAAAACUCGCAAAGAACAGAAAGAAACCACGUUUUACACGCUGGUGUGUGGGCUGGCGGUCACGGACCUCCUGGGGACACUGCUUGCCAGUCCGGUCACCAUCGCCAUUUACGUGAAGGGAUCGUGGCCCGGAGAGGACCCGCUGUGCCAGUACUUUGGAUUCACCAUGCUUUUUUUCUCUCUGGCCGGCCUCAGCAUCAUCUGUGCCAUGUCGGUGGAGAGAUACAUCGCUAUAAACCAUGCCUACUUCUACAAUGACUAUGUUGACCAAAAACUGGCGGGUUUGACUCUCCUGGCCAUCUACAUCUCCAACGCGCUUUUCUGCGCCCUGCCGAUUAUCGGCUUUGGACAGGUGAAGAAACAAUAUCCGCAAACUUGGUGUUUUUUAGAGUGGAGGAGCAACAAGACAAGCGAUGCCGCCUACUCUUAUAUGUAUGCGGGUUUUAGCUCUCUUCUUAUUCUUGCCACUGUUAUCUGUAACGUGCUGGUGUGUGUGGCUUUGAUCCGGAUGCACCGGCGUUUCGUGCGCAGGAUGUCGCUGGGAACCGAUUUGGGACGCAACGUGGACCAGAGCAGGAGAGGACGCAGCUUUGGGCGUCUGGCCGGUGCAGAGAUUCAGAUGGUCAUUCUGCUCAUAGGCACGUCGGCAGUGGUCCUAAUCUGCUCCAUCCCUCUUGUUGCUCAGGUGUUUUUGAACCAGCUGUAUAAGACUCCAGUGGAGCUGCGGCUAGACAAAAACCCUGAUCUACGAGCUAUACGCUUUGCCUCUUUCAACCCCAUUCUUGACCCCUGGAUCUACAUCCUGCUCCGCAAGGCCGUGCUCCUCAAGGUCAUUGAGAAAGUUAAGUGCUUAUUUUGCAAGAUAGGAGCACGGAGGCAACACAGACAAGCAAACUUCCACUGCACAGAGGGUCAUCAGCUCUCCACAGUCAUCUUCAUGCGGGACUCACGCUCCCUGGUUUCCCACGACCUGCGAGAUGUCAGCAGCAGCUCCCAGACUUUCCUCUACCUACCAGAGGGAAGUGAGGUGUACACUGGGAGCUGUCAUAAAGCAGACAGGCUCUCUGGUUCACGACAUUCAUCAGUUAGAAACUCGCAGGCUUCCUAUUCGUCUGAGCUGGGCAGCGUUGAGGCUCAGAGCAGAGAAGGGACAAAUGUAAUCAGGGACAUUUCAUGCCCAAAAGACCCAGCACUUCAGGUGUCGUUGAGCAGUGAGACAGUGGAGGAGAAAUGCAUCUGACUUGCCUCUGAAUUAAGAGAAAGUUUUAACUUUACCAUGAGGCAGAUUGUCUACUGAAUGACUUCUCCAAAAGUGAACUUUCAAACUUUUCUGAAAAAUGAGAAAAGACACAUAAAAAUAAUGAAUGACUCUUUGUGCGAAGUCGGGCACAUGAAGCAACAAAAAAAAAAAAGAGAGAAACUUGAAGUGCUGUGAGCUUUAUCAUCCUGUGUUCUCUAUUUCAGCACCCAGCUACCUCAAGUCAUGGCUAUCUCUGGCUGCAGGAGCAGAUUAUGGCAUUUUGCCCAAAACAGAUCUUAUUCUAACAGAGAUGACCCACUUCUUUGCAGCUCAAGUGUCAGAGAUGGAAAAGAUAUCCCCAGUAACUUCAGCUACUUUGUUCGAUCUUUGUGGAAACAUUUACCGUCAGCUAGACGAAUCCAGUAGAUUAGAAUAACUGAGUCACACAAUAACAGCAGUACUGAAUGUGAUCCUUAUGAGUAUUCGCUGGCAUGUGUGCUGCCAUUUUAAGGAUUGAUUCAUUUAACAAACUCUAUUGUAUAGUACUUUUUGAAGGACAUAUUGUGUUGAUUCCAUGACUAAUGUGCCAGUGCAGUAUUAUUAUGUGGUGAACACAGAUGUUUUUGUUCCUCAGCCCUGGAAUACACACAAAUAUGUCAUCUCAAAUUAUAAAAACUUUGCUUUCCAUCAUACAGUGAGGGUACAAAGAUUCCCGUGCCAUAGUUAUUAAUACCAAACUAUUUAAAUCUAACUGGGAACGUUGAACCUUUUCUCUGCAGAAAAUGUGGUGCAAAUGAGUGGACAGAUGUUGCCUAAAGUGGAAUAUUAAGAUGAAGACGUUUCAAUACAACUUGUCAGCUUGAGAAGCCGUCUGAUCAGUGUUGUGUAAAAUAUUGUUUGUAAUGAAAUUAUUCUUCUCUAGGAGAAGGUUCUCGUCAGUAAAUUCCAACUCUAAAGGGAUUAUCCACCCUAAAGAAGUUUUUGUGCUCUCUUAUUAAAUUGUAUGGAGUUUGAUCAGCAUUAAUGUUCACGAAUGACCAUUUUCCACAACUAACAUCCACAAAAUAAGGACUAAGAAAACUUGAGAACUAAUUAACAAGAAGGUUUGUAUUAGUUACAACUGCAACUAAGAACUAUUUUUUUUACUAGCAAUCAUUUUGUUUAUUAUUCUCACUUAAUCCAUUAAUUGUUUAGCAAAAAGGUCAGAAAAUUGGGAAGAAUAUCAACAUGGACAUCAGUGUCUCAAAAUCCAAGUUGAUUGCUCUUCGGACUGCUCGAGAACCAGCAGUUCAAACCUCAAAUGUAUUCAGUGCUAUAAAACGGAGAAAAACAGAAAUAACUGACACUAUCAAAGUUCAGCAUCAGCACUCUGCUUGAAAGUGACACAACUGUUGAUCGCAAUAGUUGACUAAUUGUUUUGGCUGUAAAAUACUUUGGACAAAAAUUCCAGUUUAGUCAAUUCUACAUCCCAAAAUACAAAGACUUGAAAGUGUUUUGGCAAAUGAGAGCUGAUGAUUCAUAUUAUCCUCAAGUAAUUUUUGGGGUUAUUUUCUGUGCCAUAUUUAUUCCGGUGACAAAAUUCCCCUUCUUAAUGUUUUUAUAAUAUCAGUCACACCUUCAGCUGCUGUCUCACCACUGUAUAAUAGACUGAACUUUUGAACUCCUGUUUGUUUGAGCUUCUCCACUCAAAUAAGCUUUAUGUCUUAAUUUCAGCAGCUUUGAAGCACACAGUCUACCUCCUUUUCCCUGUUAUUAAACGGGCUCCGGAUUGUUGCAUAAUGUCACCGAUUACAUUCUUGCCUUUCUAGUCUCUCUUGUUCCUGUUAAUUUUAGACAAGUUUGUUCGUGUGCAUAAAUGCUGAGAAUCACGCUCUUCAAGAUUGUACAGUAUAAUUAGUUAAAUGUAAAUGAGUUUGACAUACAUAUGGCCUAUUAAAUAAUGUUUUUCAAAUUUAUUUUUUAAUCUGGUCUUUGAAUUAUGCACUUUAUUUUGUCGUUUGUUUUGUAAUUUUAAUGUAGAAUUAAAUCUGUGGACUUCAAGUCGAGCGUUAUUUUGUCAUUUGCUGCUGUAUCACUUCAUAUCUGGAAACAAUGACCUGUUGCAUGCUGAAACUCAGCAGUAAUAAAUGAAUAUAACUAAGUACA